AUGUCUCUGGUCUCGGGUCCUGGUAGAGCUGUUGGCACUCUUCCAGAUCACACGUUGUGUGUACAGAAACAUGUGGAGUACAUCAGGAAUCUGGACAGCAGGCGGGAUGAGCUGGAAUAUUGGCUCACAGAGCAUCUUCGUCUGAAUGGCGUAUACUGGGGCUUGACAGCCCUGCAUCUUCUUGGCUUCCCGGAAGCUCUCCCUCGGAAAGAGACUAUCAACUUUGUUCUCUCCUGUCAGCGCGAAAAUGGCGGGUUCGGAGCUGCACCCGGCCAUGAUGCACACAUGCUUUACACUGUCUCAGCCGUCCAGAUACUUGUAACUCUGGAUGCGAUGGACGAGCUGGAAAAACGUGGUUUGGGAGGCAAGCGGAAAGUUGCAUCUUUCAUCGCAGGGCUACAGGACAGGGCGACAGGCUCCUUCAUGGGCGACGAAUGGGGUGAAUUGGACACCCGUUUCGUCUAUGGUGCCUUUAAUGCCUUGUCAUUAUUAGGACUUAUGGAUAUGGUCGAUGUCUCUAAAGCCGUGGCCUACAUCCAGAAAUGUGAAAACCUGGAUGGAGGAUACGGCAUCUGUCCCGGAGCCGAGUCCCAUGCUGGACAGGUCUUCACGUGCGUGGGAGCGUUGGCCAUUGCCGGACGUUUGGACCUUGUGAACAAGGAUCGUCUUGGUAGUUGGCUCAGCGAAAGGCAAUUGGACAAUGGUGGGUUGAAUGGACGUCCUGAAAAGUUGCCAGACGCUUGUUACAGUUGGUGGGUCGGGUCCAGCUUAGCGAUGAUUGACAGGCUGCACUGGAUUGAUGGCCACAAAUUGGCUACAUACAUUCUGCGCUGUCAGGAUCCUGAAGCUGGCGGUUUCGGAGAUCGCCCAGGUAAUAUGGUUGAUGUCUUCCAUACGCACUUCGCAAUUGCUGGUUUGAGUCUCCUGAAAUUCGAAGGCGUCCAGGAAGUAGAUCCCGUUUAUUGUAUGCCAAGAGCAGUUACAAUGAAAUACUUGAAGAAGUAG